CAGACACGCACUGCUCAGUAGUUUCUUCAGUAGCUCCUGAAAUUCUUCGUUAUCACCAAAUUCAAACAGAUAUCGCAAAAAUCCUGCAUCUUCCUGUCGCUCUGUCUAUUGCACUGGCCUUCUGUCGCAAUGGCAAAGCUGCAUUGUGUACGCAGUGAACCAGGGGAUGAUUCCCAGCCCGCUCUCUCUGAGAGGUCAUCUAAACUUCACUUGGAUGGGACUUGUGUUUACCCGUGUCCACCAGAGUCUGGACCCAGUGCUGAAGACUUUCAGUGGGAAUCCUUCCUCUACGAUGAUCCCAGUAACCCCACAGGUCUGAGACUGAUCCUGAAGAGGGUUUUUGGUCCUGCCUCGUGUCCCAGUCCACAUCAGCAGGCCACCUGCUCUGUGUCAUCACACGCUACGGACAGAGUCCGUCCAGGUCUUAGUGGCAGCCCUGUCAAGCAGACAGAAAACAAGACCAGCACACCUAACUUGGAUCACUGGAUCCAUGAAUUUGAGGAUCCUGCUACCCUCUCAAUCAGCAAGAAAACUGAUUUUCUGUAUGAAUCCUUCCUCUAUGAGGAUCUCAGUGACCCCACAGGUCUGAGACUGAUCCUGAAGAGGGUUUCUGGUCCCGCCUCGUGUCCCAGUCCACAUCAGCAGCAGGUCACCUGCUCUGUGUCACCACACACUACGGAAAGAGCCAGUCCAGGGCUUAGUUGCAGCCCUGUCAAGCAGACAGAAAACAAGACCAGCACACCUAACUUGGAUCACUGGAUCCAUGAAUUUGAGGGUCCUGCUACCCUCUCACUCAGCAAGAAAACUGAUUUUCUGUAUGAAUCCUUCCUCUAUGAGGAUCUCAGUGACCCCACAGAUCUGAGACUGAUCCUGAAGAGGGUUCCUGGUCCCGCCUCGUGUCCCAGUUCACAUCAGCAGCAGGUCACCUGCUCUGUGUCACCACACACUACGGAAAGAGCCAGUCCAGGGCUUAGUUGCAGCCCUGUCAAGCAGACAGAAAACAAGACCAGCACACCUAACCUGGAUCACUGGAUCCAUGCGUUUGUAAAUCCUGAUGAAUUCCGAAAUAAGAAGCAAACUGAGAUGAAGGAUAUUACACCAUGUGACGCAGCUUCUUGCAGCUACAAGAGAAAAGCUAGUGAGAUGGACGAUAUGGACGAAGAGCUCCAAAAUCCAUCCAAACGCUUCUCCGGUGACUCCUGCUCUUCUUGCAGCACAGACAAUAAGCUGGACAGUUUCAAAAGAAGCUACAAGAGAAGAGUGAGUGAGGUGGAAGACCCAGUGUUUGGAAAUCUGUGCAAACACUCAUCCAAUGAUUCCUGCUCUUCAUGCUACGCAGACACAGAGCUAGAGAGAAAUGAUGAACUUCAUCAGCAACAGUCAGCGCUUGAUUGACUCUGCUUCACGCAGAAUGUCAUUCACUGCUAACAGAGA